CUGCCCAGGGAGAUCUUAGUCAAAAAGAGAAAAGAAGCCUUCAACAGCUCAGAUGGGCUGUUGCUUGACACUCAGCUUAGGCCCAACAGAAUGGCUCUCACAAAGAAGGGUGAUGAGAAGAGGAAGGGCCGUUCUGCCAUCAGCAAGAUGGUGACCCAGGAAUACGUCAUCAACAUUCACAAGUGCAUCCAUGGAGUGGGCUUCAAGAAAGGUGACCCUCGGGCACUCAAAGAAAUCCAGAAAUUUGCCAUGAAGGAGAUGGGGACUCUAGAUGUGCACAUUGAUACCAGGCUCAACACAGCUGUCUGGGCCAAAGGAAUAAUGAACAUCCCAUAUAGAAUUCGUGUGCAGUUGUCCAGAAAACGAAAUGAGGAUGAAGAUUCACUCAACAAGCUCUACACUCUGGUCAUCUAUGUACCUGUUACCACUUUCAAAAAUCUA